AGCUCGGAGCUUUCGACCGGUCCGUAGCUUGUGCUCGCUCGCGUCGUCGUCGACGUCGUCGUCGCCGUCGACGACUCGUUGCGACGCGUCCCGGCGCGAAACGCACCGACACGCGAUCGCGCUAGUGACCGGUAACGAUCGUCCUGAUUCUCAUUAAGAUAAAGAAGCAUCCCUUAUCUGAUCGGAUCUAGAAUCCUCCGGAAAACUGUCUGUGAGAGAUCCGAGUGACAGUCGAGAGGUGUUUCGAGUGAGUGGAAGCUGCGGCGAGUCGCAGAACUCCUAGCUUGGAUCUUGGAUCAUGGCAUCGACGGGACGGAAUGAUUUAUCAAAAGCUGUUGUCUGCGAACUGAGCGGUAGCCUGGCGAACGAGCCAAAGAUUCUUCCGAGAUCAAUUUAUUGCUAGAUAAUCGCGAAGAGCUUUCUCAGCCUCGGAGCUUCGCUUCUUCGACAACGGCAGGGAUGAAGACGAAGAAAGGGAGACUCGCGAGGACGUCUGUGAGAUCGAUGCGGGUUCAAACUGGCGAUCGAACGUCAUCGGGCCACGUACUGAUCCCGUCCCGUGCGAGUGGUCGUGGCGAUCUUCGAUAAAGAGCUCGCAAGGGUAGGCGCUCGCAGGGGAAAGGGUUUUUCUCUUCGAGGCCAGCGACUAUUUGGGGAGACGAUCGAAGCUGCGUGCGGAGGUGACGAUGAUCUCGCUUCCGGAAGCGGCCGGAGAUCCUCUCGUUUAAAGCUCACGCCGGGCGCGCGUGAUCGCGGUGAUCCUGCCGCAGCGUCUCACGCCGAGGGCGAAAGGGAUGCGCCGAUCGCCCGAUUGGUUUCGCGAUUAUAUGGGGGCGCGCGUAACACUCUCACUUUCACUCGUAGCGCGUGAUACGUACGUGGAAUGAGUCGACACGAGGAGGAAAUAAGGGACUGAUUAAUACGGGAAGCGACGCGAUCGAGGGGUGAUAUUAAAUCACGGAUCCGUCGUGAUUAACAUCUCGCACGCGCGCGCCCACGCGCGCGCGUGGCAAUCUUCGAACUCGUCUGCCAAACUGAGUAACCGGUGACGAGGCUCCGCAAAAUGAUGGAGAGCACGCCGUGACGGAUGUAUCGAACGCCGACGAACUUGAACGUGAGAAAAAAAAUACGCGAGUCGCACGAGUACGCGUCUGCGUGAUCGCGCGGCGACGGGUCCAGCGUUUCCAGUUUCGCAGCUCCGAAUUUCGACGGUCGCUCUUUCAUUCGCCGAGUAACUUCCAGUUCCGUCCAGUCGAUCGCGGCUGAACGCUUUCGGAAGCACGUUGCAUCCGUUGCGCGUGCAACGGGACGAGAAUAGGACGCGGUCAACUAGCGAGCGUAAUACUACCCUCGACGUAUUUGAAUUAAAGAGUUGCCAAGGGUAGCGAAUGAAAGAGAUACGUUUACCGCGAAGGGGUUGCGAGUGGCAUCAAAAUGAGAAGACGCGCGGGUUUUGUGCGUAUUCCUGCGUUCAGUGACGAUUACUUCAAAGAAGAAUAGCGGCGGAAAGUUGGGGAGUGUUGUGGCCUCUUGAAAUGACGUUCAUUCGACAUGAUGACUGUGGACGAAGGACUCGAUCGUCCAUAAAGACGAGCAUUUAUUAGCAGCAGAGAAUUGCGAAUGACAUUUUAUUGGAAUGAUGGCUAUUUCGGGUCAGACACGCGGGUGUGCCAUAUUUAUAAGACGAUCUUCACGAAUGAUUUACUGCAGGUGAGCAAUACAAGUGGGGCUCUGUGUUUGUGUUAAUUGAGUUUGUUAUUCAGAUAUCGUGCAAGCAAGCGAUUACAUUCGCGUACCGAAGAAUUGAUUUUCUUCGCACAUUCUUAAAUGUGUAGGUGUACCUUACGUAAGUAAUUAACAUGUUCCAUCCAAUUAGUGCAUCUGACAAUUACAUAAACUGUGCGUCAAUGUUAUAAAAAGCAUGUAAUUUAAUUAUGAAAAAUACAUUAAUCUAAAAAAUUAAUUUGCAUUUCUUAGAAGAUAUUGUUUUUCUUUUCUAAAUUUUAAAGAAUCUCGAAUUGGAAUUUGUUUUUAAUUGCCUUCUUUGAAUGUAUUAUGAUUAUAGUCUCCUAAUAAAUUCACGUAAAUGAGAUCAAGUUAAAUGUAAAGAUAUUAUAAUAAUAAAAUAUACGCAAGUUAACUUUAGAAAUAAAUUAUUGACACAUUUAUAGAGUUAAUUGCUCACUAAGGGAUGUUCCGAAUUGGCAAAAGUGGACAUGUAAUAUGAUUCCUCUCUUAUAAAAGGUUUAGUCAAGUUUAGUUCAUGAGAACGUUAUCGCACUAAUAGCUUUCAAGUUAUAAGUUAUUAAAGAUGAAGAACUUUUAGUGAAUUAAGCUGUAGUGAAGCAAAUGAGUAACGAAACACAUUAUACCUACGUCAUUCUGUUCAAAUUUCUACUUGAAUUAUUCUUUAACGAAUCUUUCCGAUACUUACGAGAUUUUCGAGAGGAUGUUACGCUGUUAAAUAUUAAAAUUUAAUAUCUUUCAUAAAAAGAUCGAACGCUCUCAUCCAUUAAAUUUUAAUUUAGAUUCGAAGAAUGAUAAUUAAGUGUUCACUUUACGUCAAUUCUAGAUCAGAUCGUCAUCUGAUACAUACAUAGAUAAAUAAUAAAGAAUAUAUUUACACUUUUCAGAAAAUUAAGUUCUCUGAAAAGCAGUAAGUUCAUAUUUAAGUAUUCAGAUAUGUGCUUGAAGCAGAACGAGGGUCUACUUGUGACGAAAAUUAACAGCGUAACAUGACAGCAUUCUGGAGUAACAAUGAUUAUGAUGCACUACACGGGCACGUAAAUUAUAUUAUUAUAUAAUAACAGUUUCGCAUACGAAUACUCGUUGAGCAUGUAUCCACUCACGUCAUCAUGACAUUCCAAUUAUCCGCAACCUCGGUUCCAAUUUAACGGAUAAAACGUCGCAGUCGCAAGAGCGAGAGACGCUCGCGGGGAAGAUAAUCAUCGACAGGAAACGUAUUAACAAGGGACUUAAUGCGAAGCGGUUAUUCUCGUUGAGAAUUGCAGACGGCGGCGGCGGCGGCUAGAUGCGGCUUCUUCAUGAAUAUUGAAUCGCGUAAUUUCAUAAUUCAGUGAUUAGACGUGGAUUUCCCUGGUGGGUCAUUGCCUUCGAUCCACUCGCGAGGCUAAAAGGGAACGAAAACGCUUAAGAGACAGGCUGGAACGGGGGACGGAAGAAGGAUCCCGCCGUAUGCCAGCUACACGAGUCAUACCGAUGAGAUAUGAAAUUCAUGGGAUCGUCCUCAAUCCUCGACGCUUGUACAAAACGUUCAGAGCAUUCCAACGAAAUCAUAAAAUCUUCGAGUUUUCUAACAUUCGAGUUCCCGCUACUCGCAAAGACGUACGCAUACACUAGGAAACGAAAGGGCGACGAGAUGUGAAGCUUCCUCAUUCACACGACUGCCCUCCCAGACAUAACUGAACGUUCCUAUUGCGCUCGAUGCACGUUACAUUAAGCUCAAGGUGAUAUGGAAGCAGAAGACGAAGUAGAUGAUGAGUUGUCGGAGGCCACCGACACGGAAGCUAAUCACAACAACAACCUUGAAAACUUUGAAACGAUGAAAAUCUCUACGAAACCGGUAUCUUCUCGGACACCGGAGAAGGACGACUGCUCUUUAGUACGGUCGUCCAAUCCCGGACAAUCGGAAAACGUCGACUCCGCCGAUGACAAUACCGAAAAGUUGAAAACGUCUGCGCGACCAGAAUCAAAAGUACCCCUAAGUACAAGCACAAAGACUGACGUGAAAGAAGGCGAGAUUGUCAGGCUAUGCAGGAAUAAAAAGGUCAGCUGUCAGGACACCAUACACGAGUACGAUGAGGACGACAAUCUCACGAUGGAUAGAGUUGGAAGGUACCUGGAAGCGCAUCCUGCUGUGGUGGAAACAUGGGUGCGGGAGAAAGCGAGCCUUCAGCUUCGACAAAAAUUGCAGAAAUCGUGUAUACCACAAAUGAAAGCACCGAGUAGUACGCCGAGCGUGGAACAAGAAGAGAACGUCCUCAGUCGUGGUAAACGUAAUAGUGUCACGUCCGAUCUCUUCCAGACCUGGCUGGCCUCGAGUUCACCUGCAAAGCGCUGCAGAAGCCCCAACAGGACUCAUACCUCGCUGAUGGGUCGACGCGAAGAGCUCGGUAAGCUGGACGACAGCGACUUGUUCAUGGAACUGAUAAGGGAUGUGGCGAACGAGUUAGAUAUCAACAUCCUCUGCCACAAAAUCCUGGUAAAUGUCGGCCUACUCACUCAUGCCGAUCGCGGCAGCCUGUUUCUGGCGAAGGGACCUUUGGACAACCGGUAUCUCGUAGCGAAGCUGUUUGACGUCACGCAGGACACCGAGCUCGAGGAAGCUGUACAACGGGCAAAGAACGAGGAGAUCAAAAUACCGUUCGGAGUCGGUAUUGCCGGUUACGUCGCGCAGACCAAGGAAAUUAUCAACAUCAAAGACGCUUACAAGGAUCCAAGAUUCAACAGCGCCAUUGAUAUGCGGACUGGCUACAAGACAACCCUGAUCCUGUCGAUGCCGAUCUGCAAUUACGAGGGCGACGUCAUCGGAGUCGCCCAGAUCAUCAACAAGACAAACGACAGCAACGAAUUCACCAACAGAGACGUCGAGGUAUUUCAAAGAUACCUCACCUUUUGCGGCAUCGGCAUACAGAACGCUCAACUGUUCGAGCUGUCCGUACAAGAGUACCGACGCAAUCAGAUACUCCUCAAUCUGGCCAGGAACAUAUUCGAGGAGCAGAACAACCUCGAGUGCUUGGUCACGAAGAUCAUGACCGAGGCGAAGGAGCUGCUCAAGUGCGAGAGAUGCGCCGUUUAUCUACUGGAUCUGGACUGCGGCGAGGCAGGACAUCUCGAGAAAAUCGUCGAGCGGCCCGGGAAAUCGGUGCAAGAGAGCAGAAAGCCGUUGUCGAGAAGAGAGAGCAACAACAUCGACAUGGAGGACAUUUUCCAACAGCACGCAUCAUCCGAGAGCAGCAAAUUUACCAUGGUUUUUGAGAUGGAGAACGAAACGCAAGAGGCCCGAGUCUAUCGACCGAGUACCAACGACUUAUCGAGUUCCUUGGGACAGAUCGCGAGAUACGUCGCUGCGACGGGCCAAAUUCUCAACAUCGGCGAUGUCACUACUUGGUUGAAGAAAGGCGUAAUGGAGAGUGGAAGAGAACCCAUCAGAAGUAUCCUGUGCAUGCCGAUCGUCAAUGGACAGAGGAUCGUUAUCGGAGUUGCUCAAUUGAUCAACAAGGAUAACGGUACCGCCUUCACCGAUUCGGAUGUAUCGAUAUUCGAGGCGUUUGCCAUCUUUUGCGGCCUCGGCAUUCACAACACACAAAUGUACGAAUCCGCAUGCAAACUGAUGGCGAAACAGAAAGUGGCCCUCGAGUGCUUGAGCUAUCAUGCAACCGCCAACAACGACGACGCCCUGCGACUCGUUUCUGACGCGAUACCAUCCGCGGAGACGUAUAAUCUCUACAGCUACACGUUCAUCGACUUCGAUCUCACUGACGAUGACACGUGUCGUGCUACCAUCAGGAUGUUCAAGCAGUGCGAUCUUAUACAAAAGUUCCACAUACCGUACGACGUCCUGUGUAGGUGGAUCCUCAGUGUGAAGAAGAACUACAGACCGGUGAAGUACCACAAUUGGCGGCACGCGUUGAACGUGGCGCAGGCGAUGUUCGCGAUGCUGAAAACUGGCAAGAUGGAACGGUUCAUGACCGAUCUGGAGAUCCUCGGUCUUCUGGUAGCCUGUCUCUGCCACGACUUGGACCAUCGCGGCACCAACAAUGCCUUCCAAACGAAAACAGAAUCCCCGCUGGCAAUCCUGUACUCGACCAGUACGAUGGAGCAUCAUCACUUUGACCAGUGCGUCAUGAUCCUGAAUUCCGACAGCAACAACAUCUUCCAGAGCUUGUCGAUGGAAGAUUACAGACGGGUGAUGAAGGUCGUGGAAAGCGCUAUUCUGUCAACCGAUCUGGCGAUGUAUUUCAAAAAGAGGAACAGCUUCAUGGAGCUCAUCGACGACGGCGAAUUUGACUGGCAGAGCGAAGAAAAGAAAGAAUUGUUGUGCGGCAUGAUGAUGACGGCGUGUGACGUAAGCGCGAUCGCGAAGCCCUGGGAAGUGCAGCACCGAGUGGCAAAAUUGGUGGCUGAUGAAUUCUUCGAUCAGGGUGACUUGGAACGGCUUCAACUCAAUCAGCAACCGGUGGCGAUGAUGGAUCGCGAGAGGCGGGACGAGCUGCCGCAGAUGCAGGUCGGCUUCAUCGACGUCAUUUGCUUACCGCUCUAUAAGGUCAUGUCGGAAACGUUUCCAUGGAUCCUGCCGCUCUACGAGGGUACGAUGGAGAACCGGAAGCACUGGCAGGAUCUAGCGGAAAAGGUCGAAAUGGGCUUGACGUGGAUCGAUCGCGACACGAUCGAGGAACCGGUGGAGGAAUUUGUCUCUUACGAACCCAGAGAUAUCGAGUUCACGGUCACGACGUUAAACUGCGCUCACGCCGAUAAGAAGGAACCGGUGCCGGACAAAUCAGCGCUCGGCCGAUUCGCCUCGUUGAGAAAAGGCAGUCGUACGUUGAGCAAGGGAGUCAGACACCGCAUCAGUAGGUCUCUCUACGCUAGGAGCAGCUCGGAGGACGCCGGCAAAUCAAAAGCGUUGCUGCCGGAGCGGAAAAAUCGGAACAAGCUGUGUCUGCUCAUUUGACGGCUAACUUCGACGACACUUGAAAGCAUUCCCGAGUGAUGGUCCAUGAAUGGCGACACUUGGAAAUAACUAUUUAGACGCGUUAUGGAGCUUCCAGAACACAGAAGAUGGAAUCUUCAGCGUUCGGACUGCCUGGAAACGGAAGUUUCAUUUAGGUGGAAGUGUGUGAUCAAUGAAAAAGGGUUUUAAGAUGAACCCGAAAGUCGCUCUUAUGAGAGAGCAGAAUGAAGAGCGUGAAACGCAACAAUAGAGAAAUCAUUGUCUGCUUUGAUAACACAACGGAAUUAUUCUCUCGAAGAGUAUCUGAACGACACGGAUUAAAGUGCUCGAAAAAAAGUUUAAAACUUGUUUUACAGCAGCGAAGUACUUACGGGAAAUGAAUCCUUUUUAAGAAUUUUCAGAAGAAAAAGAGAAAGGGAAAGAGCAACGGGCGUUGGCAUUUGCAGAGAUUGCUAUACAUUAAGUAUAAUUUUGUAAUGGAAAAGAACUUGAUUUAAAAGUUUAAAGUCGAUCAAAAGAAUUAAGAAUCGAAAAAAAAAUAGUACCAGAAGAAUUAGCAGUGAAGAGAAAUUAAAUUUCAUAUAAAUGAAAUAAAAGAUGAUUGUAAAAAAACAGAUUUAAAAAGACAAUAUCAAUACAAAAACGCAACAAUUAUUAGAUCAAAGAUAAAAUAACUAAAAUAGAAGAAGAAAUGCAUAAAAGAAUUCAGAUUUUGUAUCAGCAAAAAAUCGAUCUACUUAAUAGAUCAUUACAAGAUCAAUUAGAAUAUUCUGUAAUUGCUUAUUUUAUGGUUUUUUGUAAAAAUAAGAAGAGUAAAGAGAAUCUUCAUGUUGUUUGAUAGAUUUGAACACGAAGCGAGUCAAAGCUACAAAGCGAAAUUCAAUACACUUACACAUUAUUGACACAUAAAAUUUGAUAUAUAAUACAAGUGAGGAUUGUAAAAUCGAAAUAAUUGCAUAUUUACAUAAAUAUGCUCUCUUGAGAGAAUUCUUGAGAGAAAUAAAUUCUCUCUUCAGAGAAUUCCUAAAAAAAAGAAAAUAUAUAUAUUUCCUAAAAAGAAGAAAAUAUUCUAUUAUUUCCGACUUCACUACACCAGCUGUAGAAAACGAGGAAUCAAAGUAACGAAAUAGUAACACUAAUGGUGAAAUUCCGUGGUGCAAAAGAAAAGAAAGAUAAAUUGAACACGAUAAUUCGAAGAAAGGAAGAAAAAGGAAGAGAAAAGAAGGAAAAGAGCAAGAAGCGUACCUGGAAUGGUCUCACGAAGAAUUCUGCAUCGGGUCUCGAGAAGACUGUUGUGCUCGUAGAUUUUAAGGCGAUAACACGUAGACACGAUAUUACGUAACAACGUGAGACAUGUACAUUUAGUCGAUGGCUAGGUAGAUAAAACUUGACGGUCCGUCGUUGCACCUCACAACGACAUUGCUCAUAAUCGCAAUCCUGUAGAACGCGAAGGAGUGUGCUAGGUGUGCAUGCGAACACGCCGGGCGUCAUCGGAUGAUAAUGAUGAUGAUGAUGAUAAUGAUAAUGAUGAAUUCAAUUUUGACAAUCUUUUUGUAUCACACUUCGAUGAUAUUCUAGGCUAUAUAGUUUGAAGGGAAAAAGAAGUGAGAGAAGGGAAAGGGUGAAGAGAUCGAUGACGUAUCGCUUACAGAUCGAGAAUCUCCGAAGUCGGACUCGCGGACACGCUGCUCCACGAUGUACAAAAAGUUUCAUUGUUUCAUUAUUCUUCAAUCUUUCUUCGCAGAGCGAUUUCCACGAUAACGAAGAGGAACGAUCGAUAACGUUAAGAUAAAAAAACUUGCUCAAGUCAAUUUCUUGAUGAUUCCAAUGAGGUUUCAUGUUCUUCAAUUUUUCACAACGAAGAUUUCUAAGUAAAUGAUCUUACAAUCUUAUUAAUUCUAUAAAAGACGAUUAUUUAAACAUAUAUUUGAAAUAUUAAGUUUCGUGAGAAUAAAACUUUACAUUUUGAAUUCUGUAAAAGAACAAUAUCAUAAAAGUGAAUAAAUUCCAAACGUUUUAAAUCAUGUAGACAAUGAAUCGUUUGAGCAUAUUGAAAUUUGUAAGUAAAGAAUUUUAAGACAGUAAACACGUGCAGUAUUUUCAAUUUUGUACGUAAAAAAAUAAAAAAAUUUUCAUUCUAUAAGAAAGAAACUUCUUUCGAGGAAUUCAAAGCUAAAACUCAAGUAACUGUUAAUAUGAUUGUGUGUGUGCUUAAAUUCAAGAAUAUUCAUUCUUCGGUCUUAUCAUUGUAUACGUGUAUAUAAAAUAAAUCGUAAAUAUAUAACGAGGAGCGGCACUUUCAUGCCACGGUGCUGGUAGACAGUGGCACGCACACAAUGAUAAUUGAAUCGUGCACAUACAUGCAUGUGCACAAAUCCGUGAUGCGAGCAUGAUCACCGCGAGUCCAUCACUUAUUUCCAGUUCGACUUUUGUACGUUGACCCUUCGGGAGAUUGCCGUAAACGUGAUUUACGCUACUUGUGUUAUCGCGUUAGCGUUUUCAUUGUUCAGUCAUUACGAGCGCAUCUCGUUUGAACGACUCUGAUCUCUUGGUAAUCAAUGUACAAUAAAUAAUUCGAUCCUUUUUGCAAUUUACAUUGUCACUUCGAUCAAAUUGUAUGGGAUCGCGAAAAGAUUUGCGCAAAACUUGCGUAUCACUGCAUUAUUUUUUACAGAAUCUCUCGAGCGCAUUGUUUUCGGAUGUGAGUCAAAGAUUUGAGCAACACAAGAGUGAGAGACUGGUUUCUAGUCUUUUGAUAUAGCUGCGAAUCAAUAUGCCUAUCAAAGAAAUUGUUGCACAUGGUUAAAUAAAAUCUGGAUGUGCUCAAACAA